CAUCUCAGUGAGCAGUUUUCGGCGCAAGCGCAAGCUCCUUCGCUUGAAAUUAACGUCACAAGUCUGAGAAAAGGUCAAUCGUUUGACCUACAGAUACCGAGUUCAAUACCUUCCAAAGGCUCUUAUCAGGAUAAUCACUUUCACUUUGAGCCAAAAGAUACUCUCAGUUCAUCUGAAUACUCACCAGAGGAUUUAGAGAAAAACUCUAACAACAGUUUCUUCCUAAAUGCAACUCUUAAUAUGGUCAGUGCGGAAGAGCAAGAGAAAGUAAUGCAACCUGACAAGUUUCUACAAAAGCUCAAUUCAGAUAUACUUGCUUCCAGAGCAGAAUCUUUGACAAAUAAUGAAAACUUGGGUAGUGAGGUUACGGAUGAGACUUUUCGCGAAGAACCACCCGCGGGUAGAACUUUUUCAGAAAACCUCUUACAGCCUAAUACAAAUGAGGCUUUAUUAAAUCGUAGACCAAGCAGUGUCCAAGGUCAAGAACGUCAGGCGGAGCUACAGCAAGAUGAAAGUCUUGCAAGUGCUCUGAAUUCCUCUUCAGUUUCGUCUGUUAUCUUUUCUGCUAACCGGGCUCUCUUCGAUACCGACAAAGAAGUAUUCUCGAAGAAAAGCGCUCAAGGUAGAUUGAAUUCCACAAAUACAGAGCAAAGGAAUAAGCGAAGUGACCUUCUGCACCACUUUACAAAGAAUCGUAAAAACAGUUUGGCUUCAAAGUUACAUUCUCCAAGAAAAACUCAUACCUUAGGAAAACACGGGAAAAACUAUCGAGAUGUCACUACACGCCAAGUUAUUAAUCUUGGUAACCAUUUUCUAUGGUUCGGUGGCCAGAGUUCAGCUGAUGCUAACGGUUUUCCACGCCACAGCACAGCAACAGAAAGUACUCCGUAUAAUGUCAAUGGCUACAUCUCAAAUUUUCUUAAUACAGCAAAUGGAAAUGAGGUAGCCAGCACAACCAAAGGUUACAAAGCCUUGCAAAACGCGUUAACGUCUAUGGAAUCCAAUCAAGAUGGACAAAGUAACCCUUCAAACUCCGACUCUAUGUUUGCUUUGCCAAGUGGUAAGGAAUGGCAAGACACAGAUCAGGGAAAGAGUCCAGCUAGUGUUGUUAUUCAGGAUAACACUGGAGAACCGGUAUAUCAGGGAGUUGUUGACAUCGUAAAGCUAAAUAACACAAAAUCUAAUGACAGUGUAAUUUCUGAAUCGGGCAGGCAGAACAACAAUGUUUUAAUUGGUCAAAAGGAUGAAGCGUCAAACAAAGAAAACGAGAGUGAUCAUAAUCAAAACCAGCAAGAUUCCUUGAGUAACACAAACAGUAGCAGUCAAACGUCAACUUCUGGUAUAGGUGACUCAUCAAACCCAACUUUUGCGCAUCAAAAUAGUAGUAACGAUGGUAACCAAACUGUCACUCAAAAUUCAGAGGGUUCCACUAGCCAUGUGGAUGAUCGGAAUACCACUCUACCAGGAGAAGGCAGUUCUGAUCAAAAACACAGUCAGGAAAUGCAAGGCAUCAAACAAGUUGACCAAAUGCAGUCCGAAAUGCAAGAUCUUCCAAAAUUAUCAAAUCAGACACAGGAAAACGUUUCACCAUCUGCCAUUAUAAAAAAGAUAAGCACGAACUCUCAAGAACCAGAAACAUAUCACGUUAUUGUAAAUGAUGCAGGAAAAAAGAUCACAAACGCAAAUGGUCAUGUUACAGUUAUCAUUUCAGGUCCAACUGCGACUCAAGCAUCCAUGCCCAAUGAAAACACUUUGCUUAUACCACAGACGAGUCCAUCUAAUUGGUCGCCUGAAAAUGAUUACGUUUCUUCCAUCGAAAACGCCCACUCAGCAAUGAGCGAAAAUGCUGAUCAACAUUUCUCUACCCAAUCUCAAAACGUUACCAGUGGCAGUAAAAACUUUAAUUUUUUGUUGCAACAAACAUUAAAUAACUCCUCUUUGAGGGUCAACAAAACAGAUGUGAUGAACGCAAACCAAAAAGCUGCUCUAUCACUUCUUCAGCAAGAGAUAGUGCCGGCCUUAAAGAUUUCAGAUGGAAUAGAGGGGCAACUCAGAAAAGGCGAGGCAGAUGAAGCAAGACCACUUAAAGACAAGACACAAGACCAAUAUGAGCAGGCUUCAGGAGCUCAUGCAACAGAAAAUGAAAACAAAAAUACACAGAACAAAGAAAGCACAGAGUCAUUGAUGCAAAAUGAACACAGUUUUGUCCAUGUAGGACAGGAUUUGGCAGGUAGUAUUGAUGGUCUUCAAAUGGAGGAAGUUUCGCGCCCUAACGUGCAACCAGAGCAACAAAGGGAACAGGAAAACCUCCUCGAAGGGCCUGUUGGAGGAUUUAUAGAAGGUGGGGAUCAAUACGCAGGGCCGAUGCAACCCCAAGACGUCCCUACCUUGAAUAUCGUUUUAAAUCCGACUCAACGAAUUCAUGGAUCACUCUCGGUCGAUGGAAAGGUGAUUCCAAUCACCUCAGCCAGGGACAGAGACUCACAAGCACAACAACAAUUAGAUUGCCAUGCCGACCCUAAAAAUGAGAAAACAAGUUCGACAGUUCUAACAUGUCAAAAGAAACAUAGUCUAGGAAUUUUUCAAUCCCUCGGUAAACAACCAAGUCCCCUGACUGGAGGCGAUCUAUAUUAUGGCAACCCGCGAAUGACUGGUAGUCCUGCUUUGCAGCUGGACCAGGUGAUGAAUGUCCUUAAUGAUCAAGUAAAAACCACAAUCAAUAAAGAAAUGAAAACUGAAAGCAAAGACAUUGAGAAUGUGUUAACAGGUAUGACGGUGCCAAGUAGCACUCUUAUGGACACUGAAGAAGCUUAUUCUCAAUCAGAACCUCCUCAAAGGUCAUCACUAAUGGACACAGAUGAAACCUUUACGUCUCCUCCAGACUUUGGACGGAGAGGGAAAAAUCGUCACCCUUACCACCGAAAAGUACAUCAAUUUGAAUUUCCAUAUCAUUUUGGAUUUCCCCAACUUAUUGGAUUAGCCCAUCAUCAUGGCUUCCCCCAUAGACGCCAUUUUUUGGGAUAUAACCAUCAUUCUAAUCCCUUUGUGGUAAUGGCUCAUAAAGAUAGUGAUGAAGGUUUUUGGGAUUAUCAACACAACAUAUUUAUUCCCCGUGACUUUGGCCAUGAAGAUGACAAUGAUGAAGAAGAAGAGAACAGAGAAAAGCAUUGGGCGCCAUGGGGCCAUCACGGCCACAGAAGAGGAAACUGGAUUAUGGCUCAUCCACCAAUGCAACCGUUUCAUCCACGUUUCUCGCCUUUCAGGGAGCCUGACCUAGUCCAUCUUCGCUUACCCACUAUUUUUGGAAGAUCAGGUCCUUGGAGGCCGUAUCAUCAGAUUAUCAAAACAGCUCCUCAAGUCCACAAGCAAGAGCAAGGUGCAAAGAGAACCGCAGUGGUCCAUAAGGCUCUAAGAGGAGACAGAGACAUGUGUCGACCGAUAAUCGAGGGCCCUUCUCCUCCACUUAAGGGUGAAUGGGAAUACUUAGGAAAGGUUCUGUCUAGCUGUCCGUGUAGGUUGACUGAUAGUGAGUGGUGAGGGAAUCUCUUUAACAAGUUGCAGAGCUAUAGGAACAAACUUUGUUGAACGGGCACAUUUUUUCGCAAAUCUUAAAUUAAACAAGUGCUCUCGCAUUAACAUAUUGACAAGAUUUCAGAAUGGAUGGUUCUACGGCUUGUUUCGCUUGUUCGAGUCGAGGUUCGCUUGUUCGAGUCCAGGUUAAAGGUCAAUCAAAGUUCUAUACCUCUCGUAUGAAGGAAACUUUGACCCGCUUAUUUUGAGUCACGGUUCAGUUAAAUAAGACGGUGAAUCAUCACAAUUCUGAUGAGAAGUAAAUUUUUGGAGUAUGCAAAAGUUAGAAUAAAUUGUUUCAAAUAACCAAAAAUUCUCAUCUCCUCUCUUGAAAACUGGAAAAGUGAACGAGUGGCACGAGAGUCGAUAAGAGUGUCUUAGAAAUUGCUCUCAAAUGAGAAUUUAAGUCUUGUCGACUCUUUUGUCGUGUUAUUUUCCUUUACAGUCAAAUUAGAAUAAUUAUAGUGAGCCAUUCAAACCAGAAUAAGGGAUCUCAUUAGAGAAAAUUUUAAAAAAAAUUGAAAAAAUUGAAUUGAAAUGUUACGCUGAUCCUGCACCAGUUAUAGGUUAAUCAGGUAAUGCAUAAUAUAUUUAAAUAAUUCUUGUUAAGGCCUACUAUUCACGAUUGAGUCAUAGCUCUGUUUCUGUUUUAAGCUUUUCCUUAGCGUGAUUAGGUUAAAGCUUGUCGGUAAAGAAAGGCUUUGUAGCUGACAUCUCCAAAAUGCCAUCCAGAAAUCACAGAACUAAUGAAAGACGUCAUUACAGUCUUCAAUACCAUGCUUUGCAUAUCGCAAAGUAGGGGAUAUUCAUUUAAAAAUUAACAUGCAUGGAUGGGAUUUGAGAGUACUUGUACAUAGGAGUAUGCAUUUUCCCAAGUCUCAGUUUAUUGAUGGUUGUCAAAUCUUGGAAAACAUUUAGAAUCUUCAAAAUAGUAAUAUUAAUAAUAAUAAUAAUAAUGAUAAUA